AUGGAAGCUAUUCAACAUAUUAUAUCCGAUCCAAAAUAUCAUGACCUCUUUGCCAUUCUUAAAGCAUUCCGUAACGGCAUUGUCUACGGUGCUAAAGUUCGAUUUCCACAUGCCCUCGUCAUGACAUUUCUCUUUAAAUCUGGACCGCUAAAGACAAAGCUCUUAUACAUCUACAAAGCCACCAAACAGCAUGCACAGAACCUGGGUAUAUUCGCUACGAUCUAUAAAACAAUGAUGCUGAUACAGAAACGGAUCAAUGGGGGUAAAGAAGAAAGCUUUCAUCCCUUUAUUGCCGGUCUUGUCGGUGGUUACUUUGUCUUUGGUGAAAACAACGGCAUCAAUCAACAGAUUAUCCUUUAUUUAUUCUCCCGUGUUGUCAUGGCACUCGUCAAGAUUCCUGUGAAAAAGCAAAUCUUGGACGCUCCCAAGCAUACCUAUCCUGUUUUUGCCGCCGUCGUCUGGGGGCUCGUGAUGUGGCUAUUCAAGCAUCAAGAAGAUACCCUUUUACCCUCCCUUCGAGCCUCCAUGGUGUAUAUUUAUCGCGAUUCCGAGUACUGGCAUUCCUUACGAACCUUGUUAUGGCAUAAUAAAUAA